AUGUAUCGGCGAGUCGGUCACCGCGAGAGCGACGGUCCAGACGAUCCCUUCGGUGAGUGUGAUGAUGUCCUGUGCGAUCUAAGCGACUACCGGGAUGCGCUAGAACCGACCAACAUCUGGACCGCUGGAACUCCUGCAACACGUGACCGGCCUUACCGGUGUGUGCGCCCUGACGACGGCUACGAGGACGCAUCCGGCAGCGAGGGGACGAUGGAUGAGCGGGACAGCAUCUACCUGGACACGGUGUCCGUCUACUCGGAUGCCACCAACCGGAAGUCGCUCAAUUUGUCCCGCCAAACCGUGUACCAUUCGGCCGAGGACGUACGCUUUGGUUCGGUCGACUCCGGCACCGGAAGGGGUGGCGGUGGGGAUCAGGGUGAAACCGGUGUACAUCUCCGGACGACGACUGAAGCCCUGCUGCUGGAUUCCCGCGCCAAUGGGGGCCUUCCGAAUCAACCGUACGUGCCGAAACCGUCAGCUGGAACCGGAAGAGGUCACAUCGGAGGCAUCCUGAAGCCAGUAGUUCUCAGCACCGUGUACAACGAACAGACGUGGAAGUACUUUCAAGAUCAAAAGCGCAUCGUUGACUACGUGCUUGCGUUCAACGGUGAAGAUGACAACCGGGUGGCGGAAGCGAGACGCGCCAUCUACCAGCGCAAUCUGGAAGCUGAAGGGUUGCAGAUCGAGACGGAGAACUGCCAGCGGAUCCACUUCGUGAAGAUCCACGUGCCGGAGCACGUGCUGUCGCAUUACUGCGAGAUCAUGAAGAUGCAGAUGCCGAUGAAGAAGCUGGACAAUCAGGACAAGAUCAUCCUGCGUGACUUCAGCAUCCAGAGCAGCCUGAAGCACAUCUUCCGGCGGCCGCUGUUCAAAUUUGUCAUCAUCGACCGGCAGAAGUUCGCCAUGCCCGAGUACCGGCUGAUGUACGAGUAUUCGCGGGACAAGUCGUACCUGUUUAACGAGAAGGAGAACAACUUUUUCACGCCCAGCAUACGAAUCGCGGUGGCCAAUUUCAUACUGGAGCGGGCGUACUUUAGCGAGAACAUCGACGACAAGAAGGACAUCGGCAUCAGCCGGCUGGUGGAGAAUCAGGUGUAUCUGGAUGCGUAUCCGCUGCACGAUGGCUGCACCGACGAUAAGUCCAGCGGGCAGCGACCGCUGCUGCUGGAAGAGUGGGCAUCGAUUAGCAAAUGGAUCAAGCACCAACCGCUGGAUCACAUUAAGGAGUACUUUGGCGUGAAGAUUGCGAUGUACUUUGCGUGGCUUGGGUUUUACACGCACAUGCUGAUACCCGCAUCGGUUGUGGGGCUGAUAUGCUUCUUCUAUGGCCUACUUACCUACCCCGGUAACCGCAUCAGCCAGGAGAUCUGUGGAGACAAUUCAACCGUCAUGUGCCCGCAGUGCGAUAAAUACUGCGACUAUUGGUACUUGAAGACGACCUGCACGAUUUCCAAACUAGCGCACAUCUUUGAUAACGAGAUGACGAUUGUAUUCUCUAUUUUCAUGUCCGUAUGGGCGACGCUCUAUCUCGAAAUGUGGAAACGGUACUCAUCAAAGAUCCAGCAUCGUUGGGGCAUUACCGAGUAUUGCUCGUUGGCUGAGCCGCCGCGCCCUCAGUACCUAUCUCGGUUGAAGAAUAUCAAGAAAACAAUGUUUAACAUUGCCACCGGUGCCCCGGAACCUUCGCCACCCUUUUGGAGUAAAAAAUUUCCAAGCUUCGUUUAUAGUUACUCUGUGAUUUUUCUAUUUAUUCUACUAACUAUAGCUGCUGUGUUUGGAAUCGUAGUGUACCGCAUGUCACUUAUGACCUCUAAAAAUAUAUACGGCGAUGGUGGAUCGGUGUCGGGCAAACUGAUCAUCUUCCCCGCUACCACAGCGGCCAUUAAUCUCCUGGCGUCUACUGCCCUCACCUACGCAUACUCGUACGUGGCCGAAUAUAUGACCAACGUCGAGUACCGCCGGACGCAAACCGAGUACAACGAAAGCCUCAACCUGAAGAUCUACCUAUUUGAGUUCGUCAACUACUACAGCUCAAUAUUCUACAUCGCGUUUAUGAAGGGCAAAUUUCCUGGCUACCCGGCUAAGUAUAACCGGAUAUUGAACCUACGGCAGGAGGAAUGUAGCCCCGGCGGUUGUCUCAUGGAGCUCUGCAUCCAGCUUGCGAUCAUCAUGGUGGGCAAGCAGGCCAUCGGAGCGAUCACGGAGAUUCUGAUUCCGUUUCUGGUGCAAAAGCUGAAAGAGUUUCGCAGCGUGCUUGGCAUCAAAGCGGAAAACAGCGAGAACGGCGAGCAGCUGAUUUGCUGCAAUCAGUGGACCAAAGAUUUCAAUCUCAUCAACUGGCACGAUCGAAGUUUGUUCAACGAGUAUUUAAAGAUGGUGAUACAGUACGGCUUCAUCACGAUAUUCGUUGUGGCGUUUCCUUUGGCUCCAUUCUUCGCGCUUCUUAACAAUGUGUUCGAAACUCGAUUAGAUGCCAAAAAGUUUUUACUCUACUACAAACGAGCGGUUCCGCAGAGAGUGCGCGAUCUGGGAAUUUGGUACAACAUCAUGCAUGUCGUCGGCAAGGUUGCCGUUAUAUCUAGUGCCUUUAUUAUAGCAUUUUCAUCAAACUUUAUACCACGCCUCAUGUACAUGAACGUCGUCAACCCAAGCGGCACGGAUGAGGGUUUCGUCAACCACACGCUCGCUUACUUCAAUGUAUCACAUUUCGAAACAAAUGCCGCCCCAGAGAACAGCACCUACUCGAACAUCACGAUCUGCCGGUAUUCGGAAUAUCGCAACCCACCGGAGGACGUGCGCCCGUACAAGCGCCCCUUAAUCUACUGGCAGAUCCUGGCCAUACGGCUGACGUUUGUCGUAAUCUACCAGAAUCUGGUCAGCUUCGUGCAGAUUGUGGUGGCCUGGGCGAUACCGGAUGUGCCCACACGGCUGCAGGACCAGAUUAAGCGCGAGCAGUGCCUCGUCAACGAGUACAUCAUCGAGCAGGAGAAGCUCAAGAUGCAGCGUACGAGCACGACAGUAAACGGAACCAGCGCGUACACGCACAACGGCUACUUGCCGUCGGAGGACAGCAGUCCGGAUGAUGAAAAGCUCAACUACAGCUCGAUCGCGGACGACAACGAAUACACGCUGCGCAUGCAGACGGACGAUUGCGAUCCUUUUGAGGCGCGCAAUAUUGUGACGACGCGGGUGUAAGAGUACCGCCAUAACCGCAGUAGAUCGAUCAAAUUUCGCAACCAAUCGCACAUCGAUGUCACAACGUUACCUAACACGUUUUCCUUUAGGCAAACAGUUUUAUACUUCUCUCGAAUUGAGCGACUCACUCACCUCAAGUACGCAUUGCCCUGCGUGCAGCCUCUAAUCAUUGUUACUUGUUUUAUCGAAUCUAUCUCA